CCACUUUCCACAUCUCCACCUUAGAGCGACGUCUGCAUCACGAUUUGACUCAAGUUUCAAUUGAAGCCAAUUGCUUAUUUUCGACGUGGAUCAUCUCGGAUGGACUUGGAUCUCUUCUGUCACUUCACGACACCGACUUUCCUCACGACACUCGUCAACCUCGCGCGCAUCUCCUCGCGCCACUUCAUUUCAUACUUUUAAUCGGCACAGAUUUCUAUCGCGCAUUUCUGGGUCAGCAUCAUUAGCGCGCGUCAAUUUCUUUCAUCUGUUCUUGCGCUUCUUACAGCUGCUCAACCCUGGCUACCAUUGAGACUUUUUGUGUCUAUCAUGGCCCCGAACGGCCACCAGGCACCUGCAAAGAAGGGUAUUCACAAGUCUAGCGACAGCUCGUCCGUUUUUUGGGAGGACAAGCAUGGCCAUCGCGAGUUCAUGGAUUGGAAAGAAGCAAAUCAGAACGGUCCUUUUCCUUCGUACGAAGAAUGGGUAGAGUCUCAAAAAAAGUCAGGUGGUCUCUCAUUGUACUACACAGCUUUGCGCAUGUUUGAGGAUUCUGAUUCAACUGACGAGGAGGCCCCACCCGUUAAGGCCAAACCUCAAGUAGCCAAGGCUCGUGGUCAAGUUGGCCGCCCCAAGAAGACUGCAAGUACAAAUGGCAAUGGAUUGUCGCGCACGGCUGAGUCUGCGACAUCGACUGCCGUCGCCAACUCGGAAGACUUUAGUCCUUCUGGCAAGAAGAGGCGUAAGGCGCGUAAGAAGCCACUCUCCGAGGAGGUCGUCGCUUCAGCGAGCGACAGUGAAGUCGUCAAAGACGUUGGAGCAUCGGCGCCCGUGGCUGAGACUGCGACGCCCACAGCACCGAUGAUCACCUUCAAUGGGCAGCGCAAGUCUUCCACACGCAAAGCAAGGAAGAAGCCUAUUUCGGAGGAGACCAUUUCGCCAGAUGACGAGCUAGAGGACCCGAUGGAAACUACGAUCGAUGAGGUCUCUGCAUCUGCGAUUGCAUCUCCUCUUCCAGUUCGAUCUGCUCCGAAAUCGCCAGCCCCAGUACCGACUUCAGACUCGCCGAAGAAAAGCCAUAUCUUGAAACUGAGCACCAGGAAAACACCGAAGAAGAAGAACUUCCCUGAGGGGUCUACCACUGAAGGUGGAGCUGUAGUUGAAGAAGAUCCCACUCAAGCUACGCCUAGCGAUACCGUGAGUGUAGCUGAGGCAGGCAUCAUUGUCAACACAAACGUCACACCAAAAGUCAAUGGAAAGAUAGCCCAAGAUACAGACUCUACUGCAGCUUCUCCAGAUCCGACUACCGCAUCAGCAGGCUCCACCCGACGUGGUCUUCGCACAAGAAAGCCUGCACAACAGAGACCAUACUAUCACGAUUCGCAGUUGUUUGAGGAUGUAGAGCCGACAAAUGGAGAUGCACAGGAUUCAAGUAACAUGUCACCAGCUGCGCAGGGCAGGAGAGUAUCAGUCGCGUCAAUCAGCAAGAACAUUGACGACGCGCUACUAGCCUCACUGGAUGAAGAGGCGAUGGCUCUCCUUCAAGAAGAAACUGAGCCCGAGUCCGCUAAACCCAAACACUUCAAGGGCAAAGGUCGUGCAUGGAAAAAAGAAGGAUCUGACGAGGACGAAGAAUUCUCCAUAGCUGCCAGUAUGAAGGCUGCCAGUAAAAAGGCUGCCAAAGCAGCACGGAUGAAGGCUAAAGGUCAAAUCCCCAAGAAGCGUGGUAGGCCGAGGAAGAGCGGCCGGUCUGAAGAGCUCAUCGAUGAGGAGACAGAUGAGGAUAAGGACGCGGUAAAGCGGAAACGGCCGCCUCCACGCAAGAGCGCUUUGUCUGAAGAGGUCAUCAUCGACAGUUCUGACGAGGAAGAAGCAAAGGAGAUGGAAGUGGAGGAAUCCACGACACCCAAGCACACCCCAAACAAGUCCUAUACACCACAAGGCUUGCCAAAGUACAUUUCUGAAGUUGACAAUGGUGCGAACGGCGACCCAGAGCUUGGCACUGGUAACGAGUUGGAGGUUGCCAGCCCGUCCAAGGAGACAGUUUGAAGUGAAAUCGAAGAUUAUGAUAUGCUUCACAGCUGGAGAGCCAGGGCGAUCUUGUAUUCCAUUUGUCGAUUUCUUGGAUAGUAUAUUUGGAUCGAAUUGUAUGGCGGUGUUUGUGUAGACCUAUCGGCGUCCCGGAACCGCAUAUGCGAUAGGAAUGAAGAAGCAUAGUGUUAGGCGUAUGUAUCAUCCGUCUGCAGCUGGUAAUAGAUUAUGGUAUUCAGAAUGUGGAUACGGGC